AUGGCGUUUCCGAAUGUAAAAUCCUACUACCAGGCUGCGGUUCUAGCACCCCUAAUGAACCACCUAGUUCAAGAUAACCGACCACAAUGGGUGACCUUAGAAAAUCUAGCUAUUAAACCUCUCCUAGUCACCAACCUGUUAUGGCUACCUAACAGGAGCAGGCCAACCAUCCCACUGAUACCCCUUCAACUUCAACUAGCGUUGCAAUCUUGGGACUUGCACCGAACGAAAUUCGAAACGGCCCACCCCCUCUCAAUGGCGACACCCAUUGAAGCCAUCACAUACUGCAUCCCCACCUUUCAUGCCACUCCAUGGAAAGAGAAAGGUAUCUCCUUCCUAUCCCAAGCCUUUGACCCAGGCAGACUGAUGAGCUUCGAGCGUCUCAAUAGAACCUACAAUAUCCCACACACAUCACAAUACUCAUACAUUCAACUUAAAUCCUUUUUGCACAAACACAAAGAUAACAAGGUAGAAUCUAACAAACAGGGAGAACUCUCAACCUGGGAACAAAUAAGUACCACGGGUAAAAUACUUCCAACCUAUAAGCCACUCUCAGGAUGCUAUAAACUUAUCCUGCCAUACCAGUCCCUUUCUGGCUCGACACAAGCAAGCCAAUGGGAACUGGACCUUCAGACCUCCAUCACUGAAAAUCAGUGGAAAAAUAUCACAUCCUCUGUUAGGAAGCUGGUCAAAUCUGCCUCCCUCAUGGAGCAAUAUCAGAAAACAAUAUACAGGUCAUGA